AUGCCGCUGGCUGCCGAGCGGGAGGUCAUCGGGCGCCUGCGGGGCAUCGAGCGCCCCGACGAGCUGGACGCCAUCGAGGAGGGGGACGACCCCGAGCUGCAGGACGACGGGCCGGUGGCGUCGGGGCGCGCCGGGCGAGCAGAAGUCGGCAUGGCCCGCGGGGUGCAGAGGAUUCGGGAUGCGGGGGGGCAAGACGUCGGACUUCGCCACCGCCGAGUCCACGGGGAGCCGCGGGAGCCGCUGGCGCGAGGGCGAUCCCAUGGGCAAGACGGUGAGCUUCGCUGCAGACCCCGGCUUCCAGGAGGAGAACGCUCCGACGACACGAGGGGCACCUUCAAUCCCAGGCGGUCGCUGAACGAGGAGCCGAGGCCCUACGAGUACUCGCACUCCGAGGAGCCCGAGGAGGCCGAGCGGGCGAGGCGGCCCUUCCGGGAGCGGCUGGCUGCCUGGGCGUCGGGGCUGCGAGGGCGCAGAGAGGAGGAGGACGCGUUCCGAGGGAGGAGAGCAGCAUGGACCACUUGA